AUGGAUGUUUGUGAUUAUCCUUCUGGUUGUCAACCAAUUACUAUUUCGUCGAACAAUAGCGAAUUAUUAAAAAGACUGAAGAUUUUAAGCGAUUCCUUGAAAGAUACUGAUUCGAAUGAAGAUGUUGGUACACCCGGUCGAUAUCGUUCAUUACUAAAUCAUUUAACACAAGCGAAAUUUUUGAAUAAUUCUAAUAAAGAUGUGCAAAUUCUUUUGGCAUGCUGUAUAACAGAAAUAUUUCGCAUUUUUGCUCCAAUAUUUUAUGUUUCAGUACUAUUUUAUUUUCAGAAUCUUUCUGUUGCUGAAUUGUUGCUUUUAACACUGGAUUCAAAUGAUGAUGCCCAAUUUAUUUUGCGUGAAUUGAUUAAAGCAGAUGAACGACUUCGUGGACUAUUUAUUUCCUUGUGCUCAAAAUUUCUUCAAAAUUUGGAUCGAAUCGAUAAUAUUGUUCUUGACAUACUUUUCUAUUUUCUUAUACAACCACAAAAGAAAUUUUGUUUAGAUUUAAUUGUAAACAGGGCUCAUGAUCCGAACGAAGAAGUGCGCAUGGAAGUAAUAUCUAUGGUUCGAGGUUUGGCGAAAAGUAAAUUUGAUCUUAUUAGCGAACGGCUUUUAAUGUGCGUUGUUCAAAGAAUCAGAGAUACGAAGGUAAAAGUUCGGCAUGCCGCAAUUAUUGUUUUAUCGCAGUUGUAUCGUUUAGUUAAUGCUAAUGAUGAAUUUUCUGAAUCUGAAAGAGCCUCUGUUUUCAUAGUUUUUUCAAUUGAUUGUAGGAUGUUGAUUGAAAAGGUUUUCGUACUUAACUUGGUUCCCUAUAAAAUGGAAGUUACAAAACGCGUGCGGAUUAUGAUAAAUAUAUUUCGAAAUUUGGAUCUUCGUGGCAUGAGAACAAAGUGCUCAGAAAUUUUGCAAACUUUGCUUGAACGUUGCGCACCAUUGCAAUUCGAUGGUGAAACAGUUGAAGUUCUCGUUGAUCUCGCAUAUCAAGUUAUUCAAAAGGCUGCAAAUCAUUUUGAUGAUACAGUCGCCUUGCGCAGGGAACAUUCAGUUAUUAAAUUAAUCGCCGUAUGUUUUUUUUUCAAUAAAUCUGCUAUAUCCUUGAAUCUUCUUUUUCUAAUAGCUCUCACCAUUACUGAUUAA